AUGGAGCACUCCGCCUCUAUGAACUCGUCAGUGGUGGAUGGAGACGAGGUGGAGGACCAGCGUCCCCUCCUCCCGCAGAGGAUGGCUCCUCCACCUCAGGCCUGCACCCCGCAGUGUGGGAUACACCACAACAUCCAAACAGUAGAUCACCCUGUGUGGCUGGAUAGAACCCAGGCCAUGGCCACCACGCCUUUAUACAACGGCCAGCUUUAUGUCACGCCUUCACCUCGCUCCAACAGGAGGGUGGACAAAGCCAAAGGCAAAGAGAAGAAAAGUGACAAAAGAUCAGGAGGGGGUAGACAAAAUCCCGGACACAAGGAUCGAAAUCAUCAGUGCAAAGCCAAAUCUCACAGACCCCAGGAGAGGGUCACUUCUUUCACUGACAUCCCCGUUUCUCCCUGCGGGUCACCUUUUAAAAGCCCUUGCAGGUCACACUUAGACGUCAAGGAUGCAGAGAGCAGAGGGCGCCGGAAGUCAGGUAACGUUUCGUUGGAGAUGCACGACUGCCAGAGCCUCCCAGAGAUCAUCAUCACCAGCAAAGAUGACGACCUCCAGUCUCACAAUGAGUCUUCUCAGUACUGUCAGGACCCUGCGGUGUCUGAGGCCAGAGGCCUGCUGCCAGGAGCUGAGUGUUCCUGUCAGAGCACCAGUCCGCAGCCCAACCCAAAACAUAAGGUGGACACCAAGGACGACCCAUACUGGAAGACCCACAACAUCGGUUGGCGUCUGGUCCACAGGAGGGCUCUGUUUCUGAAGAGGCAGCAGCUGAACGACUGCGCUCUGGCCGUGGGGUUAUUCGGAGUUGUGUUGAUGGUGAUGGAGACGGAGCUCUCCUGGAGCGUCUACAGCAAGAGCUCCAUCUACUCUCUUGCCCUCAAGGCAGUCAUCAGUUUGUCUACAGUCAUCCUGGUUGGCCUUAUCAUAGCAUACCACUACUGUGAGGUGCAGCUCUACGUUCACGACAUCGGGGCAGAAGAUUGGCGGAUUGCCUUGACAACUGAGCGUCUGGCUCUGAUAGCGUUGGAGCUGACAGUAGUGGCCAUCCAUCCGUACCCAGUGGGUCUGCAGUCGUACUUCCAGCAGACCGUGACGCGUCCGUCGCUGUCAGAGACGGAGCUGGAGAUCAUCCUGGCUCUGCCCAUGUUCCUGAGGCUCUACCUGCUGGGCCGGGCCAUGAUGCUGCACAGCCGCCUCUUCACUGACACCGCCUCCCGCAGCAUUGGGGCGCUCAACAAGAUACACUUCAACACCCGAUUUGUGGGGAAAACAUUAAUGACCACCUACCCUGGGACUGUGCUGAUGAUUUUCAGCGUCUCUCUGUGGAUUGUGGCAGCGUGGGGUUUACAUGUUUGUGAGAGACAUCACAACUACAGAGACCUGAGUAGUAACUAUAUGGAGGCCCUGUGGAUGGUCUCUGUCACCUUCUUGUCCAUCGGUUACGGAGACGUGGUCCCUCACACCUACUGCGGUCGGAGCAUCUGCCUCCUCACUGGGAUUAUGGGAGCAGGCUGCACAGUCCUGGUGGUUGCCGUGGUUGCCAGGAAGCUGGAGCUGACCAGAGCAGAGAAACAUGUUCACAAUUUCAUGAUGGACUCCCACAUCUCCAAGACAAUAAAAAUUGCAGCAGCAAAUGUGCUGAGAGAGACUUGGCUCAUCUACAAACACACUAAGCUGUUGAGAGAGAAAGACAGCUCCAGAGUCCGCAUGCACCAGCGGAAGCUGCUGCUGGCCAUCCACCAGCUGCGGAGGGUGAAGAUGGAGAAGAGGGUCCUGGCAGACCAGGCCAACACACUGGUAGAUCUCUGCAAGAUGCAGAGUGUGAUGGCUGACGUCCUGUCGGAGGUGCAGGGCUGCAGGGGGGAGCUGGACUCGCACAUCCACAGCCUGGAGAAGAACGUGGAGGAGUUGAGGGAGGGUUUCAGGAGUCUGAUGCCUCUACUGUCCAGCACCCUGUCAACGCAGAACUCCUCCAUCCGCCACCUUCUCAGGGAGCGGGAGGGGAACACAGAGACUGCCAGUGUGAGCGCAGACAGGUAG